UACUAUUACACUACCAAAGCCAUGUAGACAAUCGCUACAAACGGAGCUUGCUGAAAACUAUGCUGGAUCGCGCACACCGAUUAUCUUCCUCCUGGGCCCAUUUCUCUGAUGAGUGUGAUCGCCUAAAGAAAGUUUUCGCACGGCUUAAAUACCCGGGGCGCCUGGUAAAUUCUACCAUUAACACCUUCUUACAAUCAAGAAUUGUUGGUACGCAGCCCACACAGACGCCCAAAGAACCAAUAUCCAUUGUUCGUGUGGUCAUACCUUUCAAAGAUCAAGAAUCAGCAAAUUAUGUUAAGAAAGAGCUCAAGAAUCUUAGCAUGAAGGUGCAGACAACUGUCCAGCCAGUAUUUGUUAGCCGCAAAGUAAGCCAAGAUCUUAAAGUACGAGAAAUCAAGCCACAGAUUGUCAACCAACAACGCGUCGUUUAUCAAUUUCAAUGUGACCUGUGUGAUGCGGGUUAUGUGGGCUAUACACGCGGACACUUACACACACGCGUGGAUGGACAUAAACGAAAGGCAUCUUCAAUAUAUAAACACUACCACGAACAGCACAGCGAAGUCCCGAAAGACCUACUGAAACGUUUUAGCAUUCUGAAAAAGUGUAGUAACAAGUUCGAUUGUUUGGUGAACGAAAUGCUUUUCAUCAGAGACUUAAAACCCACUCUGAACGUGCAAAGCGAUUCAAUUCGCGCAAAAGUAUUUGUUUAAUUAGCUCGUAACAUAUUUA